AUGGAUGGCCCAGUGGUAGACGUCGCAACCAGGCAAGAUGACAACCCUUCAGAUGAAAUGGAUGUGGAUAACGAUGGACGGGACGAGGAAGUGAUGUCCGAGCUUUCCGAUGGGGAGGACCUUCGAGACGACCUUUUGAAUGCACUUCAUGACGAUAAAUUCUCCUUUGAUGGCAACUUUUAUCAUGCCAGCCUUCUUACAACGGCCCCCAAUCCAUGCGUCACUAUCUCAGGUCUAGGACUCGUCGGCAUGCCUCUGAGUAAACGGGACGCAAAGUCAAUAAUAUCUUGCGCGACAUUAGCACCAUUCGGUCACGGAGAACGGACGGUGGUCGACAAAGAAGUUAGAGAUACCUGGGAGAUAGAACCUUCGAGGAUCGAGUUUGCCAACAAGGAAUGGGAAAAGUUCGUUCGUGGGCCUGUAUGUGCUGAAGUGUGCAGGGAGCUCGGUGUGGCGGUCGGGAACUCUCCUCCGAGGAUGGAAUUGUACAAACUUCUCCUGUACGAAACUGGGUCCCACUUUCUGCCUCAUCAAGACACGCAGAAGGCGAAUGGGAUGUUCGCCACCGUCAUUAUCCUUCUUCCAUCUGCCUACACUGGCGGCCAGGUUGUUGUCUCGCACGCUUCGACAACCAGGACCAUCAACUUUGCCCCGAACUCAUUCCUCUCAACCGCCCUACUCGCUUGGUACACCGACGUCAAGCACGAAGUAAAGCCCGUGACGUCCGGAUACCGCCUCGCUCUCUCUUACAACCUCAUCCACACCGCCCCUCCUGGGCUCCCAAAACCAUGUCUGCCGCAGAUGGGCGACUCUGUACGUGUCCUACGACGCGUCCUCCGCAAGUGGAAAGAAGCGAAGUACAAAAAGAAAAAGUCAGCACGUCGGCUUGUGGCCUACCUCCUCAACCACGAGUACAGCAACGCGAACUUACACGAAGGGGUCGAAGCCCUGAAAGGGGUGGACGCACACCGCGUGACGUUCCUCCGCGGGGUCGCCGAACAGUUGGGAUUCAAGGUCGGACUAGCUAGUCUUGAGCACCAUAUUUCUGGGUGCGGGGAUGAUGAUGGUGGGAGUUACCACAACCGCGGACGGUGGGACUAUGGUGGGGGCGAUGAAGAGGAGACUCCGGGCAUGUUAGAGGUCAUCGAGACGAAAACCAGCAUCUCAGGACUGGUUGACCUGGAUGGGUCAUCGUUGCUGCCUGUUGGAGAAAUUGACCUCAAGGAAGACGCGUUGAUUCCUAAGGACCCAUUCAAGGACGAGGAACCUGACGAUACUGAGUAUGAAGGAUACAUGGGUAACGGAGCUGGGCAAUUGGAUUACUGGUAUCGUCGAACGGUGCUUGUCCUGAUGCACGCCAGUGAAGUGGACAACAUCUGUUUCUCCGUCGCUGGAAUCCCAUAUGCCUUCGAGAAGCUCAAGAAAUCGACCGCCGUCCCACCCACUCAGGAGGAUAGACUUUGGGCAAAUCGCAUCCUCCAGAAGACCUCCACCUUGAACCAGAACCAGAUCGUCACCAUGUUGUAUUUAGCCUUGAAGUGGAAGGACGUGGACAUGUGGAAGGUUGUCAUGAAGGGCCAUGCGUGCACGCUGUCCAUCAUGGACGUGGACAAGCUCGUCAAGGCGUGGAAGAUGUUCUCGUUUGAGGCUGUCCGUGUCAGCUUCGAAGAGAUCAUCGCUCGUUCAAUGCAGCUUCAUGACCGGAUAAAUUUCAUCUUCAACCUGCGACCACAAGUGUCUGAGGAGGAAAAGGGGGUCGUGUCUGCUUGGUGCAAGAAAGAGUCGGACAAGGUCCUCGCGUCGUACACGACAGCGGAUCUGAAGGACGUUCCAACUAUUAUGUCCAUUAUCCGCGUAGCUGGCCUCGAAGCCUUCACCAAAGUAAUCAUGCCCAACCUCAUCCACAAACAGGACCUUUUCCCAUUCUGGAUCGCCAUGAUCAAGGCCCUGCGCGACGGCAAGAAAGGGAUACUCGAACGCCUAGCGAAGACUCAGAGCGCCAGCGAGGAACCGACAGACCCAUCCACGACCCCGACUGAACCUUCGCCCGAUACUCCAGCUCAAAACCCUACCCGGAAUCCCUCUGAAAAGGUUGUAGACGACCUCAUCAAAACCUGCCUCGAAACCGCCUUCCCACAAUGGACCAAGGUCACGACGACAGCACCGUAUCGAUCCUAUUGUGGUGCCGGUCAAAACACACAACCCGUCGUUCAAACAACGAAGAUUGACCGGAUAAUACAACUUCUCGAACAAGCUCUGAUCAUUGGCGACCUCGACGUAUGCAGACGGCUCUUCGUCGACGUCCUUGGGACGCCUGGGAAGGCUGUGGACAAGUUUAAGCAAAUCUACACGCCUCUCGCGCCUCGUCUGGGCAACUUAUUGUUAUCGAAGAACAUCGACCUGUGCACCCCUCCUUUCGUUGACAUGUUCCAGAUCCUCAUCGGCACAUAUCUGCGCGACGUGCUCGGGAAGAAGGGCCACCUUCCUCACGGUGGUCUUCGGAAGAUAGGCUGCGGCUGCACCGAAUGUGGCCAGCUCGACAGGUUCAUCCUCGACCCAACCACGACGAGGAUAGAGUUCCGCCUCGUCAUGUCCCGCCGCGAACACGUCGAGGGGCGUGUCCGCGGUGCCCCAGACCUGUGCACGUUCGAGACGAUAUACACAGGUAGGCCGUACGGGGUGCAGAUCACGAAGCGGCCAGAGGUCGUGCGGGAUGCCCAGUGGCCCGUACGCCAGAAAGAGGCGAAGGCAUUCCUGGCGUCGAUUGGGUCGGACGAACUGGUGCAGAAGAUCAUGGGUGAUCGCUAUGCAGACGUCGUUAGCGCGAUCAAUGGCAUGCAGGUGUUUGGGAUGGUCAGAACGGCUGUUUCUCUGCCAUCCGUUGGUGAUGCACCCAUGGCUUCACUGCGACCUCCAACCUCGCUGCAACCCCCGAUGGCUUCACUACAGCCACCGGCAGCGUCAAGUUCUACGCAACCUGCGCACGCUACUCCAAAUCUUGCGCCAGGUCCAGUUGCUGGCAAGAAACGAAAAAGUGGUCCCGUUAUCUUGGGUCCCGUCAUUGAUCUCACAGAAGAGGAUAGCGACUGA